AUGCAAUUUGAGACAUUGCGCCAGGUCUGCAAUUCUGUUUUAUCUCAUUUUCAUGGGGUUUUUUCAUCCCCACCAAAUAUUUUGCAAAACGAGCUUUUUGGACAAACGCUGAACAAUGCAAGGAGACGGAGCCCGCCCGCGUCGCGGGAGCCCGGCCGGCGGAGCGACCGCAGGGAGGCGCACGCGCAGUAUGCCCCCGCCGGGAGCGCCAUGCCGCGCUCUCCGUCCGACUUCGCGGACCCGCGGGCUCCGCGCGAGCCGCAGCUCUACGGGGACCCGGCUCAUGUGAACUACAGGGACGCGGGCUGGAGAAGUCACAGGCACCCCGACGACUACGCCCUGGACGACGAGGACGCGGAAGGCAGGGAGGAGUACGAGAGGCAGAGGAGGGAGGAGGAGUACCAGGCGCGCUACCGGAGCGACCCGAACCUGGCCCGCUACCCCGUGAAGCCGCAGCCCUACGAGGAGCAGAUGCGCAUCCACGCGGAGGUGUCCCGGGCGCGGCACGAGCGGCGGCACAGCGACGUCUCCUUGGCCAACGCGGAGCUGGAGGAUUCCAGGAUCUCCGUGCUGAGGCUGGAGCGGCCGGCGCGGCAGAGAUCGGUGUCCGACCGGAGAGCCGCCAUGGACAGCCAGCGGUCGUACUCCAUGGAAAGAACUCGAGAGGCUCAGGGACCCAGUGCCUACCCACCAAGGACCACGAACCACAGCCCCCCCACCCCGCGCAGGAGCCCGAUUCCCGCGGACAGGCCGGAGCCGCGGCGCGCCGACUCCCUGCGGCGGCAGCACCACCUCGACCCCAGCUCUGCCGUGAGGAAGACCAAGCGGGAGAAGAUGGAAACGAUGCUCAGGAACGACUCCCUCAGCUCCGACCAGUCGGAGUCAGUGCGACCUCCGCCUCCGAAGCCUCACAAAUCCAAGAAAGGAGGUAAAAUGCGCCAGGUGUCCUUGAGCAGUUCCGAGGAGGAACUAGCGUCCACGCCUGAGUACACGAGUUGUGACGAUGUGGAGAUUGAGAGCGAGAGCGUGAGCGAGAAAGGGGACAGUCAAAAGGGAAAAAGAAAAACUAGUGAGCAGGCAGUUUUGUCGGACUCUAACACCAGGUCUGAGAGACAAAAGAAAAUGAUGUACUUUGGUGGCCACUCUUUGGAAGAGGAUUUGGAAUGGUCUGAGCCUCAGAUUAAGGACUCUGGGGUAGAUACCUGUAGUAGCACAACCCUUAACGAGGAGCAUAGCCAUAGUGAUAAGCACCCAGUGACAUGGCAGCCAUCUAAAGAUGGAGAUCGUUUAAUUGGUCGUAUUUUAUUAAAUAAGCGUCUGAAAGAUGGGAGUGUACCUCGAGAUUCAGGAGCAAUGCUUGGCUUGAAGGUUGUAGGAGGAAAGAUGACUGAAUCAGGUCGGCUCUGUGCAUUUAUUACCAAAGUUAAAAAAGGAAGUUUAGCCGAUACUGUAGGACAUCUUAGACCAGGUGAUGAAGUGUUAGAAUGGAGUGGAAGGCUGUUGCAAGGAGCCACAUUUGAAGAAGUAUAUAACAUCAUUCUGGAAUCCAAACCUGAACCACAAGUGGAGCUUGUUGUUUCUCGGCCUAUUGGAGAUAUCCCUAGAAUACCUGAUAGCACACAUGCACAACUGGAGUCCAGUUCUAGCUCAUUCGAAUCUCAGAAAAUGGAUCGUCCUUCUAUUUCCGUUACCUCUCCCAUGAGUCCGGGCAUGUUGAGAGAUGUUCCACAGUUCUUAUCUGGACAACUUUCAAUAAAACUGUGGUUUGACAAAGUUGGUCACCAAUUAAUAGUUACAAUUUUGGGAGCAAAGGAUCUCCCUUCCAGAGAAGAUGGGAGGCCAAGGAAUCCUUAUGUUAAAAUUUACUUUCUUCCAGACAGAAGUGAUAAAAACAAGAGAAGAACUAAAACCGUAAAGAAAACAUUGGAACCCAAAUGGAACCAAACAUUCAUGUAUUCUCCAGUCCACCGAAGGGAGUUUCGGGAACGAAUGCUGGAAAUAACCCUUUGGGAUCAAGCUCGAGUUCGAGAGGAAGAAAGUGAAUUCUUAGGAGAGAUUUUAAUCGAAUUAGAAACAGCAUUAUUAGAUGAUGAGCCACAUUGGUACAAACUUCAGACCCAUGAUGUCUCUUCAUUUCCACUUCCCCAUCCUUCUCCAUACAUGCCACGGCGACAGCUCCAUGGAGAGAGCCCAACACGGAGGUUACAAAGGUCAAAGAGGAUAAGUGAUAGUGAAAUCUCUGACUAUGACUGUGAUGAUGGAAUUGGUGUGGUGUCAGAUUAUCGACACAAUGGUCGAGAUCUUCAGAGCUCAACAUUAUCAGUGCCAGAACAAGUAAUGUCAUCAAACCAUUGCUCACCAUCAGGGUCUCCUCACCGAGUAGAUGUUAUAGGAAGGACUAGAUCAUGGUCACCCAGUGUCCCUCCUCCACAAAGUCGGAAUGUGGAACAGGGACUUCGAGGGACACGCUCUACUGCUGGACACUAUAAUACAAUUAGCCGAAUGGAUAGACAUCGUGUGACGGAUGACCGUUAUUCCCCAGACAGAGACAGGGAUUGUGAAGCAGCAGAUAGACAGCCAUAUCACAGAUCCAGAUCAACAGAACAGCGGCCUGUCCUAGAGCGGACCACCACCCGCUCCAGAUCCACUGAGCGUCCCGACACAAACCUCAUGAGGUCGAUGCCUUCAUUAAUGACUGGAAGAUCUGCCCCUCCUUCACCUGCCUUAUCGAGGUCUCAUCCUCGUACUGGGUCUGUCCAAACAAGCCCAUCAAGUACUCCAGUGGCAGGACGAAGGGGCCGACAACUCCCACAACUCCCACCAAAGGGAACGCUGGAGAGAAAAGCGGGAGGUAAAAAGCUGCGGAGCACUGUGCAGAGAAGCACAGAAACGGGCCUGGCCGUGGAAAUGAGGAACUGGAUGACCCGCCAGGCCAGCCGGGAGUCCACCGACGGCAGCAUGAACAGCUACAGCUCCGAAGGAAAUCUGAUUUUCCCUGGUGUCCGCUUGGCCUCUGACAGCCAGUUCAGCGAUUUUCUGGAUGGCCUUGGCCCUGCCCAGCUAGUGGGACGUCAGACUCUGGCGACACCUGCAAUGGGUGACAUUCAGGUAGGAAUGAUGGACAAAAAGGGACAGUUGGAGGUCGAGAUCAUUCGGGCCCGCGGCCUCGUCGUGAAACCAGGUUCCAAGACACUGCCAGCACCGUAUGUAAAGGUGUAUCUAUUGGACAAUGGAGUCUGCGUAGCCAAAAAGAAAACCAAAGUGGCACGAAAAACGCUGGAACCCCUGUACCAGCAGCUAUUAUCCUUCGAAGAAAGUCCCCAAGGAAAGGUUUUGCAGAUCAUUGUCUGGGGAGAUUAUGGCCGCAUGGAUCACAAAUCUUUCAUGGGAGUGGCCCAGAUACUUUUAGAUGAACUGGAGCUAUCCAAUAUGGUGAUCGGCUGGUUCAAACUCUUCCCCACCUCCUCCCUAGUAGAUCCAACCUUGGCCCCUCUGACAAGAAGAGCUUCCCAAUCAUCUCUGGAAAGUUCCACCGGACCUUCUUACUCUCGUUCAUAGCAGCUGUAAAACUGUUGUCAUAGCAACCAGCGUUACAAAAAAAAAUCACAGGUCGCUCACCCUGGUAACACUGCAUGCUUAAUGUUGUGUCUUCUGAGCCUGUUUCUAGGGAUGCAGCGCGAUCCUGUGUUCUCAGAGGAAGUCGCACACAUUGUGCCCUAAAGAAGGCCCUCAGGCGAAAGAGCGGAGCUGCGGAGCACUGUCGGGUUUGGAGGUCAGCAGCACUCAAAUUCCGGUUCGAUCUGAAGCCAUGGAUUAAUCUCAAAGAGUCAGUUUCAUGCAACAAAAGCCCUUUCCAAUGGCGCCUUUAUAUUUUUAUGGUUCCUUUUUCUCAUCUCUCUGACCCCGGAGCCCUGCUAUGCCACAGAGAUGGAGCGACACAGCCACUAAGCCAUGUCACAAGCCGAGGCGUGAAGUCCUAGGAAGCAUCAGGUGAAAAGCAGGAGACCAAAGCGGUGGCCCAGGCAAAACGUCCCCCGGCCGGCGGCCAGGAGCGGCCGGCCCAGCGCCCGUCGCUCGCUCCUGCCCGAUGCGCUGGGCCCCGGGAGACGACGUCCUGUGGCUGCACUGUACUGAGUGAAAUUAAAGAAACCUCUUUGCAUGGACACAGAUUAGCUGAAUACUUAAAUUAUUUUCUUGGGGCUGCAACUUGCAAAAAAAAAAAAAAAAAAAGAAUAAAAAUCAGCCAUUUUCAACAAUUUAUAUUAUUUUUAAAAAUAAAUUUCACUAGUGCAUGGUUUUAAAAGGGGGAGAGAAUGCAACAGGGUGAUACAAAGACACACCAUGUUUAUUCUUUAACCAUAGUCUGUGUUUUGGCAGACACUACAAAUGAAAAUACUUUCUAGAAGAUACUUAAAAUUCUCUUUCUGUGACAGAUAAGCAUCCGCUCAGUUUCUUUCCGUGUUAAACGUAUAAAUCUGUCAACGUUCAGUGUGUGCAGAUUGUUCAUGUCCCCCUUCUCCUCGCCUCUCUGCUUCUCUCUCUUUUAAUCUUUUAUUUCCUUUCUCCUACCAGAGUGAACAUGAGUUCCAAAAAUUACAGAUUUUUCACCUGAUACUCUCUUGUACCCCGUGUUUGAUUCAGAGCUGUAGAUGCCUCUGAAUUUAUGAAUUUCUCAAGGGGAAAAAAAUUUAAGAGCUUUAUUUCAAGCAUGUUGAAAAGGGUUUUGCAACAUGACUUGGGAGUACAUUGAAGUGAGUCAGCAUGUGUUUGAUGAAGGUCUUUGAACUUUUGCCAUCUAUUGUACAGCGCAUGGUAAUUUUAUUUUCACCUUCCAAGUUUCAUUUACAGGAAGAUUCUCAAAUCACGCGGCCAUUGUAUGAAUUUGUUUUUAGCACCAGCAUUAUUCAUACAGGGGUUAAAGCAUUAUUUCUAGAAGGUCUUUGGUUUCGUUUUUUUUAAUUACAGCAAUUUCUUUAGCCAGUUUCCACUUACUGUGUGAAUAGAAACAUGGCUAAGAGUUUGGAGCCCUGAAACACAGGGCUGUUUAUUAAUUCAGUUUUCUGUAGUAAAGUUCAGUUUUUCACAAAUUAUAUUUCUAAAGAACUAUAGUAAACAUGAAUUUGCAACAGAUAAUUUUAAAGCUCCAGUUUUUAGGCGACUCAAAGAAAGUCAGUCUGCCUAUUAAUAGUUCUUUGGUGCCAUCACCAAAAGUCCACACACAAACGCCCAGAGUCAAACCCCUGCCUUUGAUUUUUAGACAGUUGUUAUUACAUUGGGUGGUGCUGCAAAAUCAGAUUUCUCUGAAGUCCCCGUGUAGAGGAGAAGUCACUGGUUAAUGUAAUAAUCCACCCAUACUCUCUGUUUCUUUGCGUACACUCAUAACACAUUCUUUUAGGUUGAUUUAAUUUCUUGUAAUAACUUUUGAAAUCCACAUCCAUACUAUUUCUUUAAGGCCACGCACAACAAAAAUUGCUUCUUUUUUUUUCUUUCCCCUUUUUAAAUUCAGUGGUGACCAUUUAAAACUAUCAUGCUUGAUAUGGUGCAAAAGUUAAAAUGAGUAUCACUAAAAAUGCCUUCUCUUUAUGUGGUGCAAUAUGAAAUACACCGAGACUGUGUCUUGACAUUCUGAGAUGCGUGAUGGCCCUGGGUAGAGUUGUUCAAAGAGUAAAAGCUUUACCGAAAUAAUUUAGACACGUGUGUACCAGCAACAAUUGGUUUAAUAGACCUAUAGUGUCUAUACUCCCCCUUAGGAUAAACGUUUACCAUUUUCCUGAUACUAAGAGGCAGUCACAUAAUCUUUUGUGUAUAUUCCUAUAUAAAUUAUUUCUAAUUUUAAUAAGAAGGACAUGACUGUGUGGGAUAUUUGUAUAUGUCAUUAUGCAGUAUUUAUUUAAAAGUUGGUGUAUUUUUUUUUUUUUUUUUAAAUUUUCACGUCUGCACCUCGAAUUGUGGUUUAGUAUGUAAAUAGCACUAUUCCAGUGACCAUUGCUGCCCUGUAUAUAGUAUGUUUUAAAACUAAAGGGAAUUCCAGUUGGGGGAAGUUAAAGGGGCAGAUCAGUCCUGUAAAGAACACCAACUAAUGUAAAUCAAAUUCAUUCUGGUGAUGGUAUUUAACACUUUAAAUAAAACAUUUUCUUUACA